CCUGGACAAAGUUACAAAAUAUCCAACUGUACAGAAAUCAUCUGUAAGGGAGACAACAAAGUAGAAGUAAUUCCAACGCACUGCCCACCUGUAAAAGCAAUUACCUGUGCCAACAAAUACCCAGCAAUACUGGUACCUGAUGAUAAUGGCUGCUGCUACCAUUAUGAGUGUCAAUGUGUGUGCAGUGGAUGGGGUGAUCCUCAUUAUAUUACUUUUGAUGGAAUCUACUAUACUUUCCUUGAAAACUGCACUUACGUCCUGGUGAAACAGAUUGUACCUAAAUAUGACAACUUCCGUGUUUACAUUGACAAUUAUUACUGUGAUUCACAAGAUGGACUUUCCUGUCCUAAAUCCAUUAUUAUUUUCUACAAAUCGGCAAAAGUGCUGCUGACCCGUGAACUCAGGAAUGGUGUGAUGACCAAUGUGAUGUACUUCAACAAAGAGAUUGUUAAACCAGGCUUCAAAAAAGAUGGCAUUUCUUUCUCCACACUUGGCAUCAACAUGAUUGUUGAAAUAUCAGAGAUUGGUGUAACCGUCACCUUUAGUGGGCUGAUUUUCUCUGUGAAACUCCCAUACAGCAAGUUUGGCAACAACACCGAAGGACAGUGUGGAACAUGUACAAAUGAUAAAUCAGAUGAAUGCCGCUUACCAAGUGGUAAAAUCAUUUCUUCCUGUCCCCAAAUGGCUCAUCACUGGAUCGUUGAUAACAACAAGUCAUGCCAUGGAGUACCAGUACCACCAGUUGUAACCACACCAACCCCAAAGCCUCACUGUAAAACACCUCCUCUCUGCAAGCUUAUCUGGAGCGAGAUUUUUGCAGAAUGCCAUGCCGUGAUACCACCAGAACCAUUUUUCCAAGGCUGUGUUUUUGAUGGAUGUCGCAUAGCCGAUGAAUCCAUGCAGUGUUCCAGUUUGGAGAUAUAUGCUACAGAGUGUGCUACUAGAGGUGUCUGCAUUGACUGGAGAGGAGCGACCAAUAAUACAUGUCCAUACAACUGUCCAGCAAGCACGGUAUACAAGCCAUGUGGGCCUAUUAAUCCUGCUACUUGUUACAUACAUUCCUCCCACUCUAGCUUUGUUGAGCUUCCUGGCUAUGGAGUAACUGAAGGAUGUUUCUGUCCUGAAGGAAAGACACUCAUGAGUGAAGACAGCAACAUCUGUGUCUCUGAAUGCUCUUGUAGGGAACCAAAUGGUGUAUCCCGACAGCCAGGAGAAAAAUGGACAAAAGAUUGCCAGGAAUGUGUCUGUGAUAAAAGUACUCUUAAAGUGCACUGUACAAAACACAGAUGUUCUCUGACGCAGCAAGUAUUUUGUGAUGAGCCAGGUUACGUGCCUGUUCAGGUACAGAUACCAGAAGAUCCAUGCUGUACCAGGACUGAGUGCUACUGCAACACCAGCCUCUGCCCUGAGAUCACACCCAAGUGCUUAGAGGGACAGGAAGUAAUCACAAUAAUGCAGCCUGGAAAAUGCUGUCCUGCCUUUGAAUGCAGAGCUGGUUGUGUAGUCAAUGAAACCUACUAUGCACCUGGAGCUGUCAUUCCAUCAGGCCCCUGUGAAGAAUGCACCUGCUCUGAAUCCUCUUACUCAAGCCCUCACCAUCCUACAGUCAAGUGCGAGCCUGUUAUCUGUGACACUUACUGCCCAGCGGGAUAUAAGUAUACAAAGAAACCUGGACAGUGCUGCGGCGUGUGCAAGGCAGUGGCUUGUAUAGUGACUGUGGGAGACAACAUUACACGCGUGCUCCAAGUUGGAGAAUUCUGGAACCCACCUGGUGAUAACUGUACAACUUACUCAUGUGAAAAAUAUGAUGAUCAGUUCAUUCCAGUUGCCUCACAGACAAGCUGUCCUCCAUUUAACCCUGAGGACUGUGAUCCAGAUGACAUCAAGCUAUCUGAUGAUGGCUGCUGUAAAGAGUGCCAACCAAAACUGAAGAGUUGUAUGAAGCACAAUACUACUACUGUCAUCAAAUAUCAUGGAUGUGUUUCUCCUGCACCUGUUGAGAUGACAUACUGUGAAGGCAGCUGUGACGCUUACUCACG